CCCCAGCUGGGUACAGAGCCAGAAACCAAAAUCGUCAAACCGACCUCUAUCCCCACCAAAGUUUGUCCGUUUCUCCAUUCUCAACAUGUUUUAGGGUUCCGAUUGGAUUCUAUUUUUGUAUAUUCAUCGAUUCUCCCAGGCCCCAGCUCCGUUUACCGUAAUCAAAACCCUGCACACACAACGAUUCUCGACAUUGAAAUGCACGAAUUCAAACCCAUAAAGAGGAAAAUGUGGAUGUUCUCUAAUUGACAUCUUUGAAAAACCUAAUUAAACACUUUCUCCCCCAAUAUUCGAAGGUAUGACCAAAACCAUAAACACAGCAGAAGCAGCAGCAACAGCAGACGUCCCAUCUUCCUUUACUUCAGCCAAGCCUCUCUUCCGUCUUAGAAAGCUUUCCUUUUGGUUCGCCCCCACCACUCGCCCACCUGGUGCCGAUCCAUAGAUUUCAAGAUUGAUCGUUUUUGUUUUUCUGUUGAGUAUUGACCGCCCUUUUUUGAAGAAGCAUGAUGAACAUGACUGGAUCUUUAGUUGGACGUGGACAUGGACCGAAUUAUUCUCCUGAUUUAGGUGGUGGGUCGAUGUCGGUUUCGCAGUCUUUGGUGUUGGAUGCUGAAAAAUGUGAGCUUGUGAAGUCUAACGUCGUUAAUAGAGACGGAAAGAAAGAUGGGUUAUCUGAGGAGAAGAUCAUGGCCGCUCUCAAGAGUCACAGCGAGGCUGAACGGAGAAGGAGGGAAAGAAUCAAUGCUCAUCUCUCAACACUUCGUGGUCUUGUUCCUUCCAAUGAAAAGAUGGAUAAAGCUGCAUUACUUGCUGAAGUUAUAAGCCAAGUGAAACAAAUGAAGGAAACAGCAAAUGAAGCAAGCAAGGGUUUACUUAUUCCUCUUGAUUCAGAUGAAGUAAAGAUCACACCUUUAAAGGCUAAAGGAGGAUCAUUAAUUAACUCUUUCACAGCCACACUUUGCUGCAAUUACAGACCUCAUCUUUUAUCAGAAGUUAGACAAGCACUUAAUGCACUUCAUCUGACCGUGGUCAAGGCUGAAAUCUCAACCUUAGGUACCCGAGUUAAGCACUUGUUUGUCUUCACAAGCAGGAAUGAGAUGAUGAUGAUUGAUAGCCAAAGUUUGGCAAAUUCUGUGCACCAGGCUCUCACCAUGAUCGUGGAUAAAGGUUCUUCUGUCUCUACUGGUUACUCGCCUAGAACAACAACAACAAAUAUGGAUAAGAAGAGGCAAAGAAUCUCCUACAUUGAAUCUUCCAGCUCGUCCUCUUGAAGAUUUUGAACUCAUAUAAUAUAUGUUUGUAGUUGUUGGUUUACAUGUGAUAUCAUUGAGUGUUGGUUUGUUGAUAAUGCUUAUAUUAUCUCUGCCUACUACUUUAACUUCUAUGUUCAUGUUAUGUAGUCAUUGUUUUUCUAUGA